AUGACUCUCCAGUUAAUCGGAGAAAACCUCGAAAAUGUCAAUAUUGCAACCGGGAAUUCCGACGACACGAACACCUCCAACGACAUCUUCGUAUUCUGUUCCUGUGGCUCAUCAUUUGGUCGUCGCGACCUCCUGAAACGCCAUCAAAAACUCGGACAAUGUGAACUUAUUACCCCUUCGACGCUCGACGCGCAGCCAUCGCCAGCAACAGGUUCAACUGGCGAUAACCUCCAAUGGCAGGACGAAUCUUUGCCUGUGGAUCAGACUAGAAGGGGCUUUUUGUGGGAAAUCCCUUACCUACAUCAAAACACCUCAACAGGACCUGAACAAGGAACGCAAGUCACCGGAGCACAUUAUGAAGAUCAAUCUCUGUUCAACCAGCAGGAUUUACUGGCGCUAGAAGACAUCGAAUCUUUUAGCCAGAAUUUCGGUCUAAAUACGGACUGGUACCUACCGACCGAACCGAGUAUCACUCAGAUCUUCACUGGGGAGCCUUUGAUCUCCUCACUCCCGACUCCCUCUUCUCCCUAUCCUGUUCAGCAGGAAAAUUCCCACUCAAAUCAAUCUCUCAGCAAGCUCCCUACCGAGAGGCAAGCUGUCGCGGAGUUUGGAGUCUUAACUUUGCCGAUCCUUACCGUCACCCCUCAACAUCGAACUCGGCUUCUUCUGGCAUUGUCAAAGGAUUCUCAUAUGGCACCCGACGAGAAUCUCUUGCCAUCACAUCAUUCACUCACUCGAUUCAUGAAUGGAUUCUUUGAUGGAUUCUAUCCUCAUGUGCCAAUUAUCCAUAUUCCAACCUUCAACAUUGAUGAUUGUGAUCCGGGUAUAUUUUUGGCUAUGUCUGCCUUGGGAGCUCAAUACAGGCAUGAGCAUCGCAAGGCAGUUUCACUUUUUCAUGCAUCACGGAGGAUACUACAUCAAAGCUCAAAUGAAAAGGGUCAAACCGAACUAUACAGCAACACUUCCGUGGGCUCUGAUUCUCAAGACCGAAAUGAAAGCUAUCACGACAAAGGCACUACACUUGACGGGUGUUGUGCUUUGCUUCUUAUUGCCUUUGCCACAUGGCAAGGCGAGGAAAGUAUCAUAAACGAAGCAUUUAACUUACAGAGCCACUUGGCAAGAUGUGUUCGAGAUAGCCAGCUAGAAGAGCAAACGGAGCAGCCAGAUAGUACUCUAGACUGGCGCUCAUGGGUAAGAAGAGAGUUCGAAAGACGACUUAAGUUGUUCUCUUUCACUAUUCUCAACCUGCAUUCCAUUGUAUUUGGAACCCCGCCGGUGAUCCUGAGCGAUGAGAUUCAUCUGCGUCUCCCAUGUACUUGCUUAGAAUGGAUCGCUCCAAACCAACAGAAAUGGUCUGCUGUCCGCAGAUCAGUGCCCCAAGAGCAAAUGAUGUUUCAGGAAGCCCUUUCCCAGUUAACAAAGUCCCACCGAGAGCAGCCACCUCAAAGUUCACAAGUAAUCCCAUCCCCACUGGCAAAUUACGUUCUAUUACAUGCUCUCAUUCAAAAGAUCCUCGUCGCCUAUCAGGCCUUUCGAUUGUAUGAUGACGAGAAAGGUACUUUCAUCAACAAACAAAAGGAAUCCAUGCGGAAUAUGCUUCACGCAUGGACUUCCCAAUGGCAACGAGCCCCUGAAUCGAGCCUCGACCCCCGAAAUCCAAACGGACCUGUUACCUUCACUUCCACCGCAUUACUUGGGCUUGCCUAUGUUCGACUAGGUCUUGACCUAGGGGCGUACAAGAUACUUCGAUCCCGAAACCCAAGCGAUAUUGCGAAUCGACUGUUGGACAUGCCGAGACUUCCAGCUGGGCCACAUCUCCUCCCGGCAAUUUUGCAUGCGACUCAUGCGCUCAGUAUUCCUGUCAGACUGGGAAUCAAUUUUGUAGCUCGCAGUCAUGCCUUCGUAUGGAGUAUCCAGCAUUCUCUUUGUGGGUUGGAGUUCGCGAUAUUCCUAAGUAAAUGGCUGUUCUGCUUGUCUAAUUGUCAAAAGAGUCGUCCUUUAGAUGAGCACGAAUCCCGCCUAGUUGGCUGGAUUAGCGAUAUCGUCGAAGAAGGCCGCACAUCUGGAGACGAGGAUCUCUGGUCCCAAGCCAGUGAUCCAUCCUCUUGCGAGUAUCUAGGAUUUGCAGUUGUUAAACUUUGGGCCCGCCUUAUCAGAGGAAACGAACAGUGGGCCAUAUUGAAGGUCAUUGGAGACGGGCUUGAUAUCUAUGCCAACACCUGCGAACAGCGUCUAGUUCAUUCCAACUUGGAUGUGAAUACUGCUUCAAGUGGUUGA